CACCUGGUUCUAGGAAAUCCUGACAGUUGAUUCGAUAUUUUUCUUAUAAAAAAAGCAAUCAGGCAACAUGGAAAUUGGUGUUUUUUUUAAUGAUCCGAGCUUUCCAACUUUAAUUUAAAUUCAUAACGUACCUGAGCAACCCCACUACCUACAAAUUAUUGAAUUUAUUAAUGUGAUUCACUUAACAUUCUUGUACGAAAUGCUGGUCAGUAGUCACUUAGCAGGUGCCAAGGACAUUUCUUUGGGUGUGCGUUUCUUAAAGCAAUGGCUGCUAAAUUAGAAUUAAGUGAUCCCAUCGUGAAUAUGGCCCAGGAGAGUUCAAUAGCUGAAACAGAUCCAUUACAAGCUCCUGAGGCUCGCUUCGAAUGUCCCAUUUGUUUGGCAUGGCUACGGGAUCCCAUGCAAACAUCAUGCGGUCACAGAUUUUGCCGUAAAUGCAUACAAUCCUGGUUGGAAAGAGAAAAUGCCUGUCCGGUUGAUAACAAACCUUUAGAUAAAGAUCACGAUAUAUUCCCAGAUAAUUUCACCAGAAGAGAAAUUUCGCAGCAGCGCUUAAAGUGCCCUAACGUCGUGCGAGGUUGUCUGGAAGAUUUAUCCCCUUUGGAUGUAGAGAUACAUCUAACACACUGUAAAUAUGGACUUCCUAAAUUACCAGAGAACGAGAAGUUAAGGUGUAACUUUGUCAUUUUCGGUUGUGAUGCUAAAUUUGAAGAUGAACCCGAACAACAAAGGCAUAUGGAGCAAGAAACUCAAAAACACUUGAUGCUAAUAUCUCAAGCAUAUUCGAAACUUAUAUUAAGUAACUCUGCAUCUUCAAGCACCGCAGCUAUAGCAGAGCAGGCGAACUUUUGGGACCCUCCAUCAAAAAACGACGCGAAUGGAUCAAUGCAAAAUUCCUCAAAUUCUAAUGAAUCUGUUCAUAACUUGCUAAGAUCACUAUACGAAAAAAUUGUUGUGCUCGAACAAAAGACCAGAGAACAAGACAUAAUAAUUGCAAAUAUGUCGGAACAAAUUGCUGCAAAUAAUUUGGCUAUGUCCAAAUUGUCAUUGCGAUAUUGCAAUGGUUGCUAUUUAUGGCAUAUUACGGAUUUUAAAAAUAAAAUUAACCAAAUGCGGGUUAACCACCAACUCAUGCACUACAGUUCUGGCUUUUAUACGUCACCGAAUGGGUACAAACUGUGUAUACGUUUCAACCUAUCACCAAAAGACCCAAACUCCAUAGCUAUUCUAAUUCAUAUGAUGAAAACCGAUCACGACAACAGCUUAGACUGGCCAUUUAGUGGGCGAAUUUCAGUAACUAUCGUCCACCCACUAGAGUCGUUUCACAACAUGCGAGAGACCAUGAUGACUAGACCCGAACUGGAAGCGUUCAAAAGACCAGUGCAAGAUUUAAAUCCGAGAGGAUUCGGGUAUACCGAAUUUACUUUGAUUGAAGACUUAUUCACGCAAGGAUUCAUCGACAAUAACCAACUGGCAAUUAAAGUAAUCGUGCAACCUGUAUAAAAAGAGGAGGUUACUUUAAAAGUAUAUUUCUAUGAUCUUACAUCAAGUCUGACUUGGCAGUUCUCUGACUGUGAGAGAAAACAUUAUUUACAAGUAAAGAAAAUAAAACUUGAUAUGACUAUAUUUUGUUUGUUCACAUUGUAAAUGGUAAAUCUGAUGUAAUUUUGGUAAUUAAAGAAAAAAGUGUA